AUGUUUUGGUGUGAUGGGAUAUGCCAAGCGGAUUACAAGUCUUUCGGAUCUGUAAUUGCAUUCGACACGACUUAUAAAGUCAACGCGUACAACAAACCAUUUGUGGUGAUUGUAGGUGUAAACCACCACAGGAAGACCGUGCCGUUAGGUGUCGCUUUGAUCGCAAAUGAAAAAAUAGACACGUACAUAUGGGUGCUUAGACAAUUACUUGAGGCGGGAGGCAACGUUGCUCCUUACACUGUUGUCACGGAUGGGGAUAAGUCUAUGGCAACCGCUAUUGAAGAAGUGUUCCCACAUGCUCACCAUAGGCGAUGUCUAUGGCAUCUUAUGCGCAACAUCAAGGGUCAUACAAACAGACGAUUUUGCAGUGGAAUCAUGAAAUGUGUAGACGGCGCUCGGACACCGUUUGAGUUUGAACAAGCAUGGGAAGACUUAAUGAAGGCAUAUGAUGAAGUGAGAGAUAAAAAGUGGGCACAAGAUCUGUAUAAUGACAAAGAAAAAUGGGCUAAGGCUUUUAUGGUUGGACAAUUUUAUGCAGGUAUGAGAAGCACUCAAAGAUGUGAGUCUAUGAAUAGCACACUCAAAACGGUUAUAACAUCUAAAUAA